CGUUUCUUUUCUUUUAUUCAUUUCUCUGUUUUGUGUUGCUAAUAAGUGAAUGUUUUUCUUCUUCCUUUGAUCAUCAUCUUUGCUCUCCCACUGAAGCUUCUGCUUUGCUUCUGUUCAAACAAUCCUUUCAAAAUAUGUCCGAAGAGUACUGUAGUUAUUGGUGUGAUGAAGAUUGUUUCCCAAAAACAAAGUCUUGGAAUGAGAGUAGGGAUUGCUGCAGUUGGGAUGGAGUCACUUGUGACUUAUUAAACGGUCAUGUUAUCGGGUUAGACCUUAGUUGCAGUCAGGUUAGUGGAACUUUUCAUCCCAAUAGCAGCCUCUUCCAACUUCAUCAUCUCCAGACACUAAACCUUAACUUGACAAAUCUGGAGGUACUUUCUCUCUCUGAAGUCAACAUCUCAUCUCCGAUACCUGUGAAUAUUUCUUCUUCCUUAAGGUACCUGGAUCUUAGUCAUACUAAUCUGCGAGGCAUAAUUCCCCAUGGUUUCUCUAAUCUCCAAGAGCUAGUUGAAUUGGAUCUUUCUAAUAACAACUUCACCGGUCCAUUUCCCUCUUCAAUUUUAAACUUGACAAGUCUUCAAUACUUAGAUUUGUCUCACAACUCACUGAAUGGCACAAUACACUCUUGGGUGUUUAGCCUCCCUUCCUUACUUGAUUUGAAGCUCCAUCAUAACCAAUUCAGUAGAGUGGCUGAUGAGAUCAAAACAAACCCGACAUUAGUGACUUUGUAUUUAAGUCAUAAUCAAUUCAAUGGUCCUUUUCCUCGAUCACUUGUGAAUCUCACAAGCCUGGCCUUGCUUGACUUUUCAUCAAAUAACAUCACCGGCGAUGUGGGAAUAAAUAUCACCUUUCCUAGACUAUCAGCUUUGUUAUUAUCAUCUUGUGAACUGAAGGAUUUUCCACACUUCUUGAGAAAUCUAAAGACACUUCAGUUCUUGGAUAUUUCUAACAACAAGAUCCGUGGUCAAAUCCCUAACUGGUUUAGCGGCAUGAAGUGGGACUCUUUGGAACAACUAAACCUUUCACGUAAUUUUUUGACAGGCCAUCUAGGAGAAUUUCAUUAUUAUAGUCUUGAGUCUCUUGAUCUUAAAUUUAACUUCCUUCAGGGUCCACUACCUUCAUCCAUAUGUAACCUAAGAAGCCUUAGAAUUCUGGAUUUAUCACGCAACAACUUCAGUAACUCAAUUCCAAAUUGCUUGGGAAGCAUGGCUAAGCUAACGGUGUUGGACUUGAGAAGGAACAAUUUCAGUGGGAGUCUUCCACUGUUAUGUACUCAAAGCACUUCAUUGAUGACCAUUGUCUUGAAUGGUAAUCAAUUCGAAGGAUCUGUCCCUGCGUCAUUACACAACUGUGUUGGUUUAAAAGUUCUUGAUUUGGGGAACAACGCUAUAAAUGACACAUUUCCAGCUUGGCUUGGAACUCUUGAAGAGCUGCAAGUCCUUAUAUUAAAGUCGAACAAGUUCCAUGGACCUAUAAGUGCUAGGAAGAAGUUUUGCUUUCCCAGGUUGCGGAUUUUUGAUCUCUCUCAUAAUGCAUUCAAUGGUUCACUGCCUGCAGAUAUUUUUAGAAACUUCAAGGCAAUGAUAAAAAAUGGCACAGACAAAGGUAACAUUACAUAUAUGGAAACAUCAGUUUUCAGGUCAUUGGUUGAUUCAUCGAUCAAAGACUGGACUAUGUAUAAGCUAGAAUUGGCCAUUGAUGAAGUGUACAAGGAUUCAGUGAGGUUGAUGAUCAAAGGAAACAAUAUUGAGCUAGAAAGAAUCAGCACAAUUGUUACAGCCAUAGAUCUCUCAAGCAACCAUUUUGAAGGUGACAUUCCGAAAUCACUAAAGGAUCUCAGCUCACUUUGGCUACUCAAUUUAUCCCACAAUAAUCUCAAAGGUGAUAUUCCAAUGGAAUUGGGGCAAUUGAAUUCACUUGAAGCCUUAGAUCUCUCUUGGAAUCGGCUCACUGGAAAGAUUCCACAGGAAUUGACAAGAAUGAACUUUCUGGCGUUCUUAAACCUCUCUCAAAACCAGCUCGUUGGACGCAUUCCUCAAGGUUCACAAUUCAGCACAUUUGAAAAUGACUCGUAUGGUGGCAACCUUGAUUUAUGUGGUCCUCCUUUGUCAAAGCAAUGUGGAACGAGUGAUCGCUCACAUGUUCCUCAAUCACUGGAGGAUGAAGCAGAAGAAGAUGAGUCAUAUUUCUUCAGUGGAUUUACGUGGGAAUCAGUAGUCAUAGGCUACAGUUUUGGACUAGUUGUUGGAACUGUCAUGUGGAGCCUCAUGUUUAAUUAUCGUAAGCCAAAAUGGUUUGUCGAAUUUUUUGACGGCAUCAUGCCCCACAAAAGGAGAAGGCCAAAGAAGAGAAGGCUGAGACGGCAGACAUAAUGGAAGAUUGAAAGAUUGAACUUUUCUGUUUCUGUUUUUU